UGGGGGGGGGAGAGAAUCUGAAGAAGCCAGCCAAAUUCUGGAACCUCAUCCCUUCCUCGAGCCCUCCCUAAUCCCGGCCGAGUCUCGUGACGUCACUUCCGUUCUCUCCACACGACGCCACAGCCCGCUUCAGGGUUGGAGUUUAGAGGGACCGGAAGCUCUGUUACCGUGGCAACAAGAUACCCGGGCGCCCUUUCCGUCGAUUACUUCCGGGGUGGCUGGUCACCUAGGCAACGGACAGCUGGCGGAGGCUUGCUGGGAGCUGAGGCGCCAUGGCGGAGGUGACGGCUCGGCCGACUGCAUCAGCAGCAGCAGAACUUCCCAGAGCCAGAUCAGGAAGAGGGCCCGACCUUCCCAUUCUGGAGAAGAGGAACUGGCUGAUCCACUUGUACUACGUCCACAAAGAUUACGAUGCAUGUAAGAUUGCUAUCAAAGAGCAACUGCAGGAAACCCAAGGAAUGUGUGAAUACGCCGUUUAUGUUCAAGCUUUGAUCUUUCGCUUGGAAGGAAAAAUUCACGAAUCUCUGGAGCUUUUCCAGACUUGUGCUAUUCUCAGGCCUCGAUGUGCAGACAACCUCAAGCAGGUGGCCCGUUCCCUGGGGGAAAUGUGUUGCAGGUUCCUUCUGGGCAAGCACAAAGCAGCUAUUGAAGUCUACAACGAUGCGGCUCAACACAACGAGAAGGACUGGGAAAUCUUUCAUAACUUGGGCGUCUGCUACAUGCAGCUGAAAUAUUUCAACAAGGCCAAAGAUCAACUGAACAACGCCUUGCAGCUCAAUCGACAUGACCUGACCUACAUGACGCUGGGGAGGAUUCAUCUGAUGGAGGGGGAAAGAGAUGCAGCCAUUGAAAUCUAUAAAAAGGCAGUGGAAUUCUCCCCUGAAAACACAGAGCUCCUCACCAUUCUGGGCUUGCUUUACCUCGAGCUUGAGAUUUAUCAGAAAGCCUUUGAAUACCUUGGAAAUGCACUCACAUUUGAUCCCUGCAACUAUAAGGCCAUUUUGGCAGCUGGCAGUAUGAUGCAAACCCAUGGGGACUUUGACAUGGCUCUCAGCAAGUACCGGACUGUGGCUUGUACCGUUCCUGAGAGCCCUCUGCUCUGGAACAACAUCGGCAUGUGCUUUUUUGGCAAAAAGAAAUACGUGGCGGCUAUCAGCUGCCUGAAACGGGCAAACUACCUUGCACCCUUUGAUUGGAAGAUCCUGUACAAUCUUGGGCUGGUCCAUCUGACAAUGCACCAGUAUGCUUCUGCCUUCCACUUCAUCAGCGCAGCUGUCCAUCUCCAGCCAAAGUUGGCAGAACUUUACAUGUUGUUAGCAGUUGCCCUGACAAAUCUUGAAGAUCUUGAAAAUGCAAGGCUAGCCUAUCAGAAAGCUUCAUCCCUGGACACAUGCAACCCACUCAUCAGUCUGAAUUACGCAAUCCUGCUAUACAACCAAGGAGACAAGACGGGGGCUGUUGCUCAGUACUAUGAGAUGCAAAGAAAGGUCCAGGCCUUAAAAGAGAGCACCCUGGAUUUUGACCCCGAGAUGGUGGACAUCGCCCAGAGACUGGGCACUUCCUUACAGCUUGGAGAGGUGGCCAUCUGGGCUAAACCUGGGAAAGACUCGAAACCGAAGCUGCGAGGCGCCACGCCCAGCGCACAGCCAUUGGGUUCCAAUCAGGCUCUGGGACAGGCAAUGUCUUCUGCAGCUGGGUAUGCAAAGACAAUGAGCCGAGUUCUUGGAAGUUCAACUCAUGUGGCAAAGGUUCCUCCCUUACCUUUGGAGCCUAAACCCAAGCAACCGACCCCCGAGGAACUUCCAUCUACUCUAAAACCACAGGAACAAAUUCAGCCCGUCGAACAAGCGGAGCAGUCUUGAAGAGAGGGCCAACCUGGAACUGCUUCUAGAGUGCUGUGUUGAACCUACUGGGUGCAAUAGGGACAAGGUGCAUGUAGUAUCCUACAAACUUUGCACCAGACGAAAGAAUGCAGCAGUCCUGUCGCACACCAUUAGCCGAUGAGAUAUUCGGAGGUUGUGUUGUUCCCUUAACAUUCCACAUGUAGACUAAUGAAAGAUGAAGAGAGGGACAAAGUUUGAGUAGCUUUCCUUGGAAGCCAUUGGACCUUCAUAACAGGAAGAGACGUGAGUUGAUUAAGUUUCUACUAAGAGAUGUCUCUAGAUUUUGAGAAUAUAGCCCUUUCUAAUAUUUUUCUACUGAUGCCGAGUUACUUUUUGGUAGCAUUUCGAGCCGUACGAGCUGUGGCGGCACAGUGGUCAGAAUGCAGCAUUGCAGGCUAGCUCUGCCCACAGCCAGCAGUUCAAGUCUCACCGGUUCAAGGUGACUCAGCCUUCCAUCCUUCCGAGGUCAGUAAAAUGAAGACCCAGAUUGUUGGGGGCAAUAGGCUGACUCUGUAAACCGCUUAAAGAGGGCAGUGUGGAGCGGUAUAUAAGUCUAAGAGCUAUGGCUAUUGCUAUUUCUGAACUCAUGACCCAGCUGUUCUGUUGAACCAUAACCGGAGGCAUCUACUCGUAUAUUCCUAAACAAGUAACUUGUUUGGGAUUGUUGAACCUGGGUAGAAUCCAGCUGCAAAUGCUUUUAUAGGACUUCUGUGUUUCCUGCCACUUUUGAACCCAGUGGAAUCCCCUAAGAGGAGCAGAUUCCGUCCUCUUACCAAUCAAUUGGUGGUGGAAUUUACUACUAGAUAACAUAGUAGAGAAGUACAUUAUAUGCUCGCUUUGGCAGAACAUAUACUAAAAUUGAAAAGUGCGUAUAUUGGAUGGGGUUAAGCUUUUUUUGUAUAAAUAAAAAUGUGAUGAGUUGAUGGAAAUCCCUUCUAUAUAUUACUUUUCCCAUGUUAUUGAAGUCCCUUACAUUGUGAAUAUAAUAGGGUCCUUAGACUGUGAAGCAGCUGUGAAGUAUGUGUAGCAUCCUAGUCACGGCUGUGUUUUAAAACAGCUCUGCUGAAAACCAGCUCAUAGUGAACCAUCGGUUCAUUUAACAACCGCCGUGUUCUUUUUUACAACCACCAGGGUCUUGUUUUACGACCGUCAUGUCUUAUGAUCAUGACAGGCAGGCUCCAUUAGUCAUAGACGAGGAAUUAGCAAGGAAGGGAAGGGUGGGCUCAGCUUAGGAGAAUUAUCCUCAGAGCAAACUGAAGCUUGAAACAUUGAAAUCAUGGCAAAUGCUCGGAAUUUUAUUGAUAAUGUUAGUAAAGUAGAGAGAAGCCCUCCAGUUACUAAAGAUGUAAUUUCUCUCCAUGUAAGCAGGAACAGAGCUAAAGUUGUGAAAGGCAUUGGCCCAUUGUGGAGUUUCCCAGCUUCAGUUGUAUUUCUUGGUAAGUUCAGAGGAUUAAGCCCUUUUCUUAAAAACCCUAGAGAGCUACUACAUCUGUUUGGAUGAAAAGUAGUAGCAUCUCGUUCCCUAAGCGUUUUCAGGUACCUGUGAAGUAUAAAAAACAACAACAAACCAGGCGAGGCCCCUUUUGUACAUUAAAUGCAAAACAACAUUUAUUGAAAACACCAUUGUAUAGCGCCGUGGGAUUUUUUACACCCAUAUCGUCAAGACCUCGUACCUGAUUUAAAAAAAAUACUUAUUUCAUAAGAACGGCGCAGGCAGAAUACUUUGGCAAGAAAAGCUAUUCAAGACAUUUCUUCAGAGAAGGCUCCUAAAACAGUCCACUCAAUCCCUGCUAUUUUUUACUGAAAAGAAAGGAAGAAAAAUGUAGUUUCCAUGUCACAGUUGAGUUUUGCAACUGUUAUGUUUCACAACUGCCUGGCACCAAGAAAAAUGGAUGCCGAUGCUUUACCCCAGAGGUGCCCAACUUUGGCAACUUGGCAAGACCAGUGGCUGGGGAAUUCUGGGACUUGAAGUCUUACAGGUCUUAAAGUUGCAUUUAAUCGAUGCAGUUUAAAGCACCGGAUCCUACAUUUGGACCUCCAGCCGACAACUCCCUGAGAAUUUGGAUAAUAUGAUUACAGUGAAUUAAUUUUGAAUGGAAUGAAAACAAUAAGGCAAGCACUAUGUACAAAGGAACCAUAGGAAGAAGCCUCCUGGGAUUCAGAAAAGCUCACAAAUCUAUUAAUUUUAAUUUCUUUAGCAAUAAUCUUGGACCAUCCCCUUUUAGCUCAGCCUCCCAUUCAAACGUAUUUGGCAACUACAGAAUUUCCACCUCAUGAGCCAGCUGGGAAUUUUAACUCCCACACACUUGAAAAAGGUCACAUUAAGGAGGAUAAAGAAAGGUGUGUAAAUCUUCAGCUGACCUUGCUGCUUUGCUUUAGUACAGGGCUCUCCAAACUUAGCAACUUUAAGACUUGUGGACUCCAGGAAUUCCCCAGCCAGCCAUGCUGUGGCUGGGGAAUUUUGGGAGUUUAGGUCCACAAGUCUUAAAAGUUGUCAAGUUUGGAGAACCCUGCUCUAGUGUGUUGAUUCUCAACCUUACCAAAUUCCUCAGUCAGAAUUCUGGGAACUGAAGUCCACACAUUUUGACAAGGUUGAGAAACACUGUUCUAGUACAACGGGCAAGGAAAACUAUCGAGAAUCUGCCAAAAAUAUUUUUUUCCCAAUUUGGAUACCAAUAAUACUCUUUAGAACAGGGGUCCCCAACCUCCAGUUUGUGGACCAGUACCGGUCCGCGGCAUGCCAGCAAUUGGUCCACGCAAGCAAGCAUAGCCCCAUCCGUGGGAUGCAGUCAGCACACAGAAUCACGCACCUUCCGGUCCACGGAAAAACCUCUCUCGGAACCAGUCCCUGGUGCCCAAAAGGCGGUGGAUCUCUGCUUUAGAAGAUCUCAAGUAAACGUGGCUAUUCCAAAGUAGAAGGAAUGCAGUAAAACAGAAAGGCCACAGAUAAGAAAACAUGUGAAAGGAACAUUAGCAGGGACCAGGUCUCCCAAUAUAGCCUGGAUGACUUUAACUAAGAUUAAAUUGUUGAAAAAGACUUGCCAGGUUUGAAUAGGAUGAAAUAGACCUGAAAUCUAAAAGGGACUAAGACAAGGAAUGAAAGCAACAACUGUGGAGUGUUUUUUUCCCCCCGUGUAGCCACCACAUAGUGGCCACUGUGCAAUAGAAGCAGUGCAUCCUUAUAAGCAGUGCAGACUCUGUAGAAAGAAGCUGCACGUUUAACUGCCACCAUUUCUCUCAUAAGAAAGAGCAAAAAAAAAAAAAAA